AGGACUCUGGCAAAGCCUUGUUGGAGUAUGCUGACUUUGUGAACUACUUCCUGGGGCUAAACCGAAAACCGUGUCAUUGUGCCUGCCUCACCUUACCUGCUUCCUCCCCAUAUUGGCUGGAAAUGAAAACUUGGAACCACCUGAGUCUUGAAAUCCAGAGAAGAGUAUUUCCUGGAAACCCCCAACGAAAACUCUGGGGACUGGAUGAUGUUUGUCCAUCCGCUGCAGACCGCGGACGAGCAGACCCUCGCAUCCUGUCUGAACCGCAGAGACAUCUACAUCACUAGUGCUAAGACGGUUGAACCCCGUACAGAACUGGAUGCGUGGCUCUCUGUAGACAAUGCCAAGUUUGUCGAAGCCUCCGCAUUAAUCAAAGAGGAAUCCAGGCUUUGGGCUCCUUCACCCCACACUGUGACCACAACAGAGCCCCAGGAUUCCUGGAAAUGCCCCAGCUGUAGUAAUGUGUUUGGCACUUGCUCUCUGCUGGACUCUCACCAGUGCCUCAGUAAAGACAGACUCCCUGACACCUGCUUGUCAUGGCCUAAUAAACUGGGGCCUGGGAAAGCAAAAGGCAGAACGAAAGGGAAACCGAGAGGGACCACCAACUUGGCCAAAAACCUUAUCCACCAGCCCAGAGGGAUCUCCUGCCCUGCCGCUUUCAAUCUGGGCUCCUGCAGCUCAGCUAGUGGCUGUGGUGUGGUGGCGGCUGCGGCUGCAGCCGCGGCUGCUCGAUUUGAGCCUCAGUGGUACAGCAGCCAGUCGGCUGGCCUGAAGAGGAAGGGGCAAGAGGCAAAGCUUGUGGAGACCUACCCCUGCCACCUCUGUGGGAAGAUAUUCCUCACCCCGGAAAAGCUCAAUGUCCACACUUCUUCCCACACGGGGGAGCGUCCUUACACAUGCCCAGAGCAGAGCUGUGUCAAAGCAUUCGUUUCCAAAUAUAAGCUAAUCAGGCACAUGGCCACUCACUUGCCCCAGAAAUCUCACCGAUGUGCUCACUGUGAAAAGACCUUCCACCGCAAAGAUCACCUGAAGAACCACCUCCAGACCCAUGAUCCGAAUAAGAUGGCCUUUGGCUGUGAGGAAUGUGGAAAGAAGUACAACACCAAGCUGGGCUACAAGCGGCAUCUGGCCCUGCACGGGGCCAACAGCGGGGACCUUACCUGUCAGGUGUGUGCCCUGGAGCUGGGGAGCACGGAGCUGCUGCUGGACCACCUCAGGGCCCACGCCCGGGGCAAGCCCCCUGGAGCCGACAAGGAGAGGAAGCACCAGUGCGACCACUGCGAGCGCCGCUUCUACACCCGCAAGGACGUGCGACGCCAUUUGGUGGUCCACACAGGCUGCAAGGACUUCCUGUGUCAGUUCUGCAGCCAGCGCUUCGGGCGUAAGGACCACCUCACCCGGCACACCAAGAAGACGCACCCCCACGAGCUGCUAAAGGAGGAGCAGCUGCCGGACGGGGACCUGCUGGACCUGUUCCAGCCCCGCUCCCCUGGUCUGCAGCUCAAGGACGAGGCUGCCGCCCCGGCGCCCUUCCCUUUGGGCGUCGCAGGGCUCAAUGGCAUGGAGAGCAGCUUGCGGGUGGAGGCGGUAACCCCCCCAAAGGGGGCCUGUGAACAGAGCCUGCAGCCUGCACUGCCACCACCACCUCCUCCCUUAAGAACGGGCAGCUUAGGUCCUCUGGCGGCCCUCUAUCCUACAUCAUCUCCCCUGUUACUGCCUCCCUCUCAGACUCCUCAAGACCAAAAAUACGAACCGAUCUCUACCUCUGACACUCCGUUCUCCCUGCUCAAGAGCCUGCCUCUCAAGGCCGACACCAAAACCUGUGGAACUGUGAGUCUGCUGGAAGAGCUGCCCUGGCAAGACCCUCACCCCCUGCCCAAGUUCAGCCCCGGGUUUGACCAGGUCGCAGGGGUCACUGGCCGGUUACCCUUGCCCACAGAAAUGAUGGCUCUCGCCGAUGCCCUAAGCCUGGCUGCCCCGGCUGCUUCCUUGGAUCUUGCCCACAUCUUGAGCUUCUGGCAACUUCCCCCUGCUGAUGCCCAAAAUGCCAUUGGGGACACCACCAUGGCUCUGGGGCAGGGAGAUGCUCUACCCGCUAGGCUGACCUACCUUGGGCAACAACAGCCAGAAGCCUCACUAGCAAUGGGCAGUGGGACCUACAGUCAGUUCAAUCUGCCUCACAUUCUUCACUCCUUUGCCUCUGGCACCAGUUCUACCACCUUGCCUCAUUUCCAUCAUGCAUUCAAAUGACUUCUACUUACAGACUAUUUUUUUUUCCUGACCUGGAACGUGUGUGUUUCCAACCUUAUAGGCGUGUGUUUCAAGUGCCCCCACUAGCACAGUUGAAAGGCCUAGACAACAUGAGCUUGGCUCUUGGCUUUAUAUCGGUGAAAACGUGGGUCAGUCUGACAGGAGCACUGGCCCUGGCUUCCCACCCAAAUUGACCGGGAUGCACAUGCUUUUCAGGGGAAUUGCAGACCAUUCACAAAGGCCUCCAAAAUGAGGGCUACUCCAGCUGGUUUUGGGUAGUGGAAUUUAACAGGAAAGUAUCUUGGACAUUUCUUUGGGUUUCAUUCAUGAGCCCAUUGUGGCCAGUGGUUAUUGAACUUUAAAAUUAUUUUGGUCUCCUCAAAAUGGGACCAGGAUUUCCUUGUGCUGCUUUUUAAACCUCAUUUCAAAAAAGCCUUUUGGAGGAUUACAUUAACUAAGUUGCGUGCUUUCAGGAUAACUCUGUGAGGGGGGUCUUUCUGCCCUACUCUUCAGGGUUGAAAAUAGUUCAGUCACUUUUGUCACAGCAAAACUUGAAAUUUUACAAGAACAGCUUCUUGUGGAAAAGGUUUCUCACUACUGUAUUAAAAACCACUUGGAUUUUAAUUGUUUAACAAUAUAUGUUAGUUAAGGUGAUGUGGUUUAUUUCCCCAAUUUUUUAAAGCCUGGAUUAUUCUUUUAGGGCAUGUGUUGAACAGGGAGAGGUGUGGUGAGUUUCCGAUUAGAGUUUUAGAAACUGGAGGAAAAAGGCAGGCUACAGAAAGCAAUUUUGUUUCCAGUAUUGAUGAAAAUUUUAAUAGAAAUUCAAGACUUCUACUAUCUGGUUUUUAAACAAAAAACUCCUGGAUUAGACUGCCUCUGAUCAAUUUGAUCUUAAAAUGCUACUCUUCUAAAUCCUGCUCUUUUACAAAAUUAUUCAUGGACAAUAAAUUUUAAAUCUGCA